AUGUCUGGCGCAAGGAAUCCAGCCACGAAUUUCUGUGAUUUACCCACGGAAAUUCGCCGUGAGAUCUGGAAAUUUUGUUGUUCAGAAGAGAGGAUACUUCACUUCAAAGUCGAUGCAAAUGUCCGACUGCAGGAAUUUGACACUUAUUGUCUUGAAUACCUGCCUCCACCUAAAUUCUUAAGUGUCUGCCAAGAAUCACGAGAAGAGACAUUAAGGAUGUAUCAAGAGUCAUGGAGUACCAAAGAAGACGAGAAAAAUGAUAAGGCUAUUGGUUAUAGCAUCUCGGGUCGCUGGUGGAAUCCAUCUAUGGAUAUCAUUUAUGUUCCAUAUUGGCUUCCGAUCCACUCUAAAGACAAUCCGAAUUUGAAUCCAGGCGUGAAAGACAUGAGUUUCCCUCUUGACAAUCCUUUUUUCCAAAGGCGAAUGGGUGCGAUGCAGCAUCUUGCAGUUUCGACAAAAGCUACUGGGAUCCGGUGGAUUUGGGAAGAAUCGAUAAGACACCAUGAGCCUUUCAGCUGGCUAAAGCUAGCGACGUGGAUAGCCGAGUUCCCAAAUCUAAAGACAUUCACAUAUGUUGUCGAUUAUUACACAUAUCGGUAUAAGGAACAGGGACCUCGAUGGAUUGACCAUCCGGAUUUCGCGAUAGAAGGAAAUUGGCGAAGUCACUCGACAAGAUGGGAUAUGACACCGUCGAAGAUUAUUGCGGAACUCGAAGAGUGUUUCGAGCGCAUAAGGUCUGAGAGAGACAAUACGAAAUGGAAGCCUCCGAGGGUGAGGAUUGUGUUAGAUGAGGAGGAUCAGGAAGAAUGUUAUUCUCGUGAAGCUCGUCUUCGAAGAAAAAAUCCUGGAUCGUAUGAGCAUGGUGCAGCAACGGUGGACAUAGCAGUUGGAAGCUAA